AUGGCGCAAACAGAUGUUGAUGAUAUUUCCAAGGGCUUGGAAAACCUCGACUUUCAUCAUCCUUAUACACCUUACGAUGUCCAGGAGCAGUUCAUGAAGACGGUGUACAAUGUGUUGGAGACCGGCAACGGCCAGGUCGGGAUCCUAGAGAGUCCAACUGGCACUGGCAAGUCUCUUUCACUCAUUUGUGCAUCCCUGACAUGGCUACGAAAUCACAAGUCAAACCAGUUUGAGAAAUCCAUUCAGGAAUCUGCAGAGGCAUACAAAGAUGAGCCCCCUUGGCUUGUUGAGCAACUCCUCCGACGAAAGCGAGAAGAGCUUGUCGGUCGCUGGGAAGAACGAGAGAAGCGCCUUGAAGCUCUUCGACUCAAAGAAAAGGCCCAGGAGGAGCGAGCCCGGAAACGACGUCGUGUUGAAGAAUCUGGACCGUACCAUCGAUCGCGUGUGGAAGACGAAGAUGCAGAGUGGCUACUGGACGACCCUGACGAUCGUGACACUGGCCCUCAGGAUGCACUCUCUGGUCUGAGUAAAGAGUCCCGGGACAUUCUUGCGAGUAUUGGACUGGGUGGUCCAAUAAAGCCGGAAGAGGAAGACGACCUCAUGGAGGAACAGAUCAAGAUCUACUACACCUCAAGAACACAUUCCCAGCUAUCGCAAUUCAUCGCCGAACUUCGCCGACCCACAUUUCCGCCCUCACUUCCAACAUCUUUAGCCAAAGAUGAAGAGUCGAAAUCAGAGGCAGUCAAGCUUGUGCCGUUAUCAUCUCGCCAGCGGCUAUGCAUCAAUCCACAAGUCUCUCGUCUUGGGUCUGUUCAAGCAAUAAACGACCGCUGCGCAGAACUUCAGCAACCAAAAUCGGGAAAGAAAUGUCCUUUUGUUCCCAAAGAGGAUCUUCUCUCGCAGACACACCAGUUCCGCGACUCUGCGCUGGCUACCCUUCCGGAUAUCGAGGACCUCCAUCACCUUGGCAAGUCACUCUCUGUGUGUCCGUACUAUGCCUCGCGAACUGCACUACCAGGGGCUGAAAUCAUCACACUGCCGUAUCCUCUUUUACUCCAGAAGAGUGCGCGAGACGCAUUGGGAGUCAAGCUGGAGGGUAGUGUUGUGAUUAUCGAUGAGGCGCACAACAUUAUGGAUGCAGUUGCAAAUGUUCACGCAGCUGAGAUUCGGUUGAGUGAUCUGCGAAGAGGACGCGGCAUGCUGGGCGUAUACGUAAAGAGGUUUGGCAAGAAGUUGAAAGGCGUCAACCGAGUCAACGUUGGAAGAGUCGGAAGAGUAAUUGAGGGUCUGAUAUCUGACUCUAAGCAGCAAGAACAUGGGAUCGUGGAUCCAAACGACCUCACCCGACCAAAGGGAAUUGAUCAAAUCAACAUGUUUGAGCUGAUCCAGUACAUCCAGGAAUCGAAGCUCGCCUUCAAAAUCGAGAGCUAUGCCUCUCAUGUUGAGAACGAGGAGGCACCUACAAAAACCCCCAAAUCGACCACUCCAGUACUUCACACUUUGGUCUCAUUUCUUGUCGCGCUCACAAAUCUCAGCUCCGAGGGUCGAAUAUUUUAUCAGAAAAUUAAAGGAGGAGCUCCCGAUGUCCAGCUGUCCUACCUACUGCUAUCCCCAACUCAUGCAUUCUCGUCCAUUGCAUCAAGCGCCCGGGCGGUGGUUCUCGCUGGUGGAACAAUGUCUCCAUUCGACGACUACAAAGAUCACCUGUUCCCUUCAUUAGAACCCGAAAAGGUGACAACACUGAGCUGCGGGCAUGUCAUUCCGCCUGAGAAUCUCUGUGUGUGGACAUUAGCAUCAUCGCGGCCGGGGAUGCCGCCUUUUGAGUUUAGCUUUCAGAGGCGAAGCGACCCAGAGAUGAUUACGCAGCUGGGACUUGCGAUUUUGAAUCUCUGCUCUCUGGUUCCUGAUGGCGUAGUCAUCUUCUUUCCUAGUUAUGGAUAUCUCGACGAGGUGGUUGCGGCGUGGCAAAAAACCCAGGGAGCGAAUGCGCAGCCAAUCUGGGAACGACUAGGAACGCGCAAGGCACUGUUUAAAGAAACAAGAGGCGCAUCAAGCGACGAAGUCCUUCAGGAAUACACCAAUGCCAUUCAGGGCGAAGGGAGCAACGGAAAAGGCGCUCUUCUACUCAGCGUCGUCGGCGGCAAAAUGUCAGAGGGCAUCAACUUCUCCGACCGUCUCGGACGCUGCGUCAUAGUCAUCGGCCUACCGUAUCCCAACAUUGCAUCCCCAGACUGGAAAGCAAAGAUUGAAUACAUCGAGACGAUGACGCAGACCAACCUCACAGCACAGGGCACGUCAAAGGAAGAGGCGACAAGCAGGGCCAAGCAGGCGGCAAGAGACUUUUACGAAAACGCCUGCAUGAGGGCCGUCAACCAGAGCAUCGGGCGUGCGAUCCGGCACCGGGGCGACUAUGCGGCGAUUGUGCUCGUGGACCGGCGAUACGGCACGGACAGGAUCCGGGGGAAACUUCCGGGGUGGAUCAGAGGGGGGUUGGUGGGGGACAGUCACGAGAAGGGUCUCGGAGGGUUGAUGGGUGCUGUCGGAGGUUUCUUCCGAGGGAAGACGAGCAAGGCUCACUAA